AUGGUUCAGAGAACCCAAAUCAUCAUGACCUCCGCCGGUGAGACUGACACAAUUGGUGACAGCAGGGAUGGAGGUCCCAAUCCUCAACAGGUUAUGGGCGCCCAAGUCGCUGGCGCGAGAACUCCGGUGUUGUUGAAUGGAACCUAUGGAUCUAUGGGUUCGAUGAUGCUGGACGGCGAGACUCGCCCUCCUUCGGGGGAGACAGAGGCUCGGAGCUCGGGAGAGUCUGGUCGGUCUGGGAGAGCCACGGGUGAAGCUGUGGUUGGGACGCUUAGAGCAGCUGCAGGACGGGUCAUGGCGAACGUCGCUGCAAAGGUUCAAGGAGCGAUUCCACCUGCCGGGGCGGACACCGCGUCGAGUUUCUUGUCCCCGGAGGACGGGGGUUCUGCUGGAACAGCGGAGACGGGCUACGUGACAGUGGCAUCCGGUGGGGAUAGAGAUCAACGAGCUACAGAGGACGCUCCGGAAGCGGCAGGUAGUGGACUUUUCUCUCCCCAGCAAGCACGCCGACUUCAAGAGAUGCAGCAGGAAGCACCCUUGUUGUAUGCAGAGGCAAUGCUUUCAGGGAUUGUUCAACUUCAGAACGUGGUGGCUGAUUUGGCUGCGAACAAGCAAGGUGUGGUUGAGUUAGUGAAACUCCCGGCUCCUACAUUGGAAGGUGAGUGCUGGGACAAGGUUCUUUCUGAGGCUCAAGAGUGGUACAAUCACCAGUUUGUGCCGGCCAAUCCCAUCGCACGGGUGAGACUCAAGGCCCCGGCGUCUUCGAUUGACAAAGCGUUGAGGCAGGUGCAACACCCAAGACCGGCAGACUCGGCCAUAGAUGCGGUGUUGAAGCUUCGCACAUGGCGGAGAUGGAUGACACGUCUUACGGACUUAGGAUUAAUUUGGUCCGUGCAUCACUACACCUGGAUGCCCAGCCGACUUCUUCCAAGGUCAAUGAAUACUUUGAGCCCAAAGGGUGAGUCUGCAAGAGGCGUUCGACAAGUGGAGGCUCGUGUGGCAGCUGGCCAGGCCCAGCUCGAGGACUUGGAGGCGCAGGUGCUUGAUGGCAGUCCAAAGGUGAGAGCUUUGCAAGGUCUGAGCCAGUUUGAGGAGGAGCCUACCGCACUCCUUGAUUCAGGUGCCACUCAUGCGGUGUUGGAUGAGUCGUCAGUGCGAGCUCAGGACCUUGUGCCGUGUACCGUUUCUUUGGCAGGUGAUCAAAGGCAGGUUUGGCAGCAAACACCGGGAGGCUCACUGGUUGCGCCGAGCAACGAGUCGGGAAACGUACCGCAAACCAUAUUGCCUCUAGGAUGCCUUGUAGAGCAGCUAGGGUGUACCAUCAAGUGGUCCAAGAAGCUAGGUUUGCAUUUGGUCCAUCCGCGGUUAGGAAGGCUACGCACAAGCCUGAAGGGUGGAUGCCCUCAGCUGAACAAGGACCAGGCUUUGCUGCUGAUCAAGGAGCUGGAAAAGGCAAGGCUUGGUGAGCUCACAAGUCGUUUGAGGAAGGUACAGGCCCAACUGAAGGCGUGCACAGGAGUGAAGCUCCAGGAUGCCAUAGACGAGUUUGUGGGCUGCGGUAGCUACACCUCUGCGUUGAGCCUUUCUCAGUUGAUGCCGUUCUUGGUUGGUUUGCCACAGCGAGUGGUGACUCGUCUACCAGUUGACCUUUCAGAAACGAAUGGAUGGGAGGUACUCAAGGGUCUCCCGUUCAACCGAGGUUUCAGGAAGAGGUUGCAUCAGUCGCACGCAUGGCUCCUUCACUUCAGCUCGGGUCCUGCAGAUUCGGCCCUCCGUGGCUUGUGUAAGGACAGAGGUGUUGAGCUUGUGGAGUUGACAAGCACCAGCUUGCUGGCCCCAGAGGUAUGGCAGGCCUUAUCGUGGGCAGCCUUCACAGGUCGUGUGUCAGGGAUUGUGUCAGAGGCGCUGAUGCGUACUUGGAGCGGAAUUCGGGUGAAUGACGCGAAGGUUGUGCGCUUGAGGGACGAGAAGCACCCCUGGGGUAGCCCGUGCAACGACGCCGCACAUCAGCUGAGGGUUGAGGAUGAUACGGUGUUGGCGUUGCGCCCUCUGUGGUUGUGGACCUUGUCGUCAAUUGCAAGGGGGGAAGGGAUACCAAUUUGUCAAGUUCAGUCCCUUCAGGCAGAGUGCGUUUGUGAACCUUGGAUGAACGCAGUAAUCGCACCGUUUGCGGAGUGGAGCAAUUGCAGCCGGUUUGACGUGGCUUCAGUGAGGGAGACUGCCAUGGUGACAAAGCCCUUGCAUGUGUGCACUAAUCUCGGGUUUCCUAGGAUUGAGGAGGAGUGCCAGACUCCUCAAGAUGGUCAGCAACCUCUUCCAGCGGUUCCUGUGUGGCCUAGUAAGUUCAAGCGGGAGCUGAGUUUGGCGUUGUUUGGCAUUGCAACAGAAAGCUCAUCCCCAGGCAUGUCGCGUGUGAAGGCGGUUGAUGGACAAGUAGCGGAGGACCAGAUCUGUUUGCCAGAGGAUGAAGCACAGGUCCUAGGCUUGCCUUUCCAAGGUUUGCAGGAGGACGAGGCACAGGUACCAGGUUCGCUUCCUCAAGGUUUGCACGCCGAAGGUGUAGGUCAAAUGCAUGACAAGGCGAUGUCAAGGGCGGUAGGCUCAGGAGGAGUACCAGGUGUUACGUCAGAUGUGGCGCCAAACCCGGUGCCCAAGUUGAGUGACAAAGACCGUGAAAUGUGGAAGAGACAUUUAGCUUCGCAUCACAUUCCUUUCAGAAAGGACUGCCUCCAGUGUGUUAUGUCUGGUUCACUCGGCGUACAGCAUCGACGUGUCAAGUGCCCUCAGAUGUUUGCGCUAGCCUUUGACAUGACAGGGCCCUUCAAGGAGCUGGGUCGUGAUGACCGUGGAAGCGGCUACAAAUAUGCUCUUGUUGCAGGCCUUCGCAUUCCUGAAGAGGCACUACCACCAAGACAAAGGGAGGCUAUGCCGAAGUCAAAAAAGGAUCGGUCGGUCACUCCAGGAGCUGUUGCCAUCGAAUCGCAACAGUCAGAGGCCUUGAAAGAUGAUGAUGCCAGUUCGGAAGCUAGUUGGUUGAAGGCUGACUUGGAACCCACUGUUGUGGUGAGUAAGGUUGAUGGUGAUGCAUCCGACUCAGAUGAUGAACAGCGAUCCGAACUUAGCUGGUUCGAGGCUCCAGAUGUUGAUGACGUUCCCGAUGUCACUCCUGGUGAAGGGAACGACAACGCAGCAGGAGCUUACCUUGAAGGAGUUGUUCUCCCAGCACAGCCAGAGGCAGAAGGUGAUCCAUGGGAUGACGCUCAGGGUAUGUCAGCAAUAUCUGACGAGGCCUUUGAUGAAGAGUUGUCCAGUAUGAUUUUUACCGGGGCAAAUCAGGUGCUGAGGUUUGUUGUGCCGUUGAAAUCAAGACAGGGCCCACAAAUCUUGGCAGGCUUGCAGGAGGUUGUCACUGAGUGCAACAGGUUGGGCUACCCUGUGAAGAUUGCCCACACUGACCGUGCCAAGGAGUUGAUGUCAAAGGCGACCAUGGACUGGCUCCAGUCAAAGCUUAUCCAACCGUCCUUUACUCAAGGGGACGACCCAAAGUCCAAUGGGCUAGCAGAAAGGCUAGUAGGGGGUUACUUGGUGGCAAAGAAUGUUAGAUGUGUUGACAACCUAGUCAAUCCAGAGGCAGAGCUAGGUGACGAAGGUGUACUGGAGGCCGAACUGACUGAAGACAAGGCUUCUGAAGUGAUUGCCGAGGAGCUGUUGAGGCCGCAUUUGGCGGAGCAGCAACUUCUUCCCGUGACACGCAUCGGGGGCCAGUUCGGUUUGCAACUGUGUUUGGGUGCUACAGUCACGGCGGAGGCAGAGCCGGCUUGGACGGCCCUGACUGUUGAGUGGGCAGAUCUAUGUGAGCUUGACGAAGAAGGGUUUGAGCGCGGGUUUGCCAGAUGGCAGCGCGUGCUAGGAGGUCAAAACGAGGACCCGGCGCUAGACCCUCUAUCAGGGUCAAUUCCGCAUCACCUGUUUAUGGCCACGGUGUUUCAGCAAAGAGAUUGGACUAGGGAUCCAGAGCUCUACCUGCCGACAGCAGACGGGAGACGACUUCUGGCUUAUGUGUUCCAGUUUUCAGAUGAUGGCUAUGUGGACGAUACGCCAUUUCCUGACAGGAUGUUGAUGUUCUCAAUCAGAGAUAUGAUUCGUGAUGUGGAGGAGAUGGUGAUCCUCAGAGUGGAGCUGAUUCAAGAGCAGGUAGGUCAGGCAGAGCUGAUGCAACCAGUGCUGCAACCGCCAGGUCCACCUCCCCCACAGGUGCAAGCAGUGACAGCUUUGGAAUCUGAGGAAGCUGUUCCCAAGGUUACCAGGUUGCCAGUUCCGCUGCCCAACCCCACGUGUAUUGGGGUAGCUUCGACUUCACAUCCUUCCAUCCUACCAAGCCAGGAAGGGGUCUGCGUUCGAAAGACUGAAGCGACGACUACAAAGGACUUGGAGGGAUUGCUCAAUCAACUCACUGAGCCACUGAGCGUGACGCACACGGCGUCGCAGGAGGAGGUGCGUGCAAAUCUGGGCAAAUGGAAGGCAGCAAUCGAAAAGGAGCUUGAUUCAUUGAAGGGUCCAGGUGUUCUUGUCAGCCACUUUGGUCAAGAAGCACGAGAUAUGAUAGCCAACCCAGAGACCACUGUGAUAUCCUUGAAGGGUGUUUUCACGGCAAAGGCACCGAGUGGUCCAGCAGACGGCUUGUUCAGACGGAAGUGUCGUCUUGUUGGAUGUGGUAACCAAUCCACGCAUGUGGACGCCGACUCGUUGUAUGCAGCCGGAGCCCCGGCCGAGUUGGUGCGAGCUUCGUUGACCCAAGCAUCACGACAUCAGUGGUCAGCUUUCACCACAGACAUUCGUUCUGCAUUUACUCAAACCCCGAUUCCCCCGCAUGCCGCUCGCCGUUAUCUACUUCGGCCUCCGCGAUGGUUGGUAGAUUUAGGCCUGGCAAAGGCGGAUGAGUACUACUCGUUGGGAAUGGUGUUGUAUGGCUUCAAAGAAGCACCAGCCUGGUGGUCAGAACACAGGGAUGCCAAGCUCAGGACAGCGUCGUUUCUUGGAUGCCGGUUGGAACAAGGAAAAUCGGACGCGUCGAUUUGGAGGAUCAUGGAAGGCAAUGUCAUCAAGGGCUAUUUGGUGACUUAUGUGGAUGACUUCUUGAUCUUGAGUGACAAAGGGAUUGCUCAAGGGCUGCACCGGUGGAUCAUUGACAAGGCAGGCUGGGAGACUGAUGGUCUUAGCGAAGCAACACCGGGGAACCCAGUGAGGUUUUUGGGGAUGCAGCUUCAGAGAUAUGAGGAUGGACACUUCAGCCUGGAUCAGGAAGCUUACAUUGACGAGUUGGUGAGGGCUCAUGGACUGGGUGAAGGUGACAAGUCAAAGAUCGUUUGUCCGCGAGAGACCUUGAUGUGUGAAUCAGAGGUGGUUCAGCCCUACGACGAGAGCACCGUGCGCGCGGCACAGAAGGUGGCAGGCGAGUGUUUGUGGCUUUCACAACGUAGUCGGCUGGAUGUGGCAUUUGCCACGACCAUGCUUUGCUCCAGGGUUUCCAGAGACCCGCAUGGCGCCCUGGCCAUAGGACGACGAAUCCUCAGCUACUUGAACCAAACCAAGGACUACAGGAUGCACCUCAAGCCUGAUGAGUCCGCGGGACCCAUCCGGAUCUUCACUGACGCGUCCUUCUCACCACAAGGACAGCACUCGUUUGGAGGACACAUCAUCGAGGUGUUCGGUGUUCCAGUGCUCUGGAAAGCAUCUCGCCAGGCAUUGAUUGCUCUUAGUUCGUCUGAAGCUGAGUUAAUUCAAGCUGUGGAGGGCUGUACGUACGCCGAAUCCCUGAUGACGGUCUUGGUUGAUCUGGGACUUCACUGCUCAACGGCAGAACUGCAGCUGGACAACACCGCGUGCAUUGCUUUCAUCAAUGGAGCUGGCAAUCAGAGAACACGUCAUCUUAAGGUCAGAUAUGAAGGUACAGGUGAUGGUGGAGUUUCCAUUGAGUGGCCCUGGGAGCUCGGGGUCCUGACCCUACUCGUGAUCCUUUCUACGUUGUUCCUGUGGGAGGCGAGCGGAGCUCCAUGCAGGCGCAGAGCGGAGGAUGUGCCUCGUGUGCGGGCGCUUUCAGUACCCAAGGCUGAGCGUCGAUCAAAGAAGUUGCAAGAGCGGGUAGCAGCAGCCAUUGACAGUGCGAUGAGUGAGAGCCCUACCGGGGAUGAAGCUAGGACAGAAGGACGCAAGGGGCGAAACAAGUGCUCAAGUAACUUCGCUCAGGUGGAGCCUCGUCCUCUCUCCAACUCACCUACAGUUGUGUACGGGGAUCUCAACAUGCACUGGUCGCAGGCCAGUUCCGAGCAAACAGGUCCUCCAAGCAGCGCGGCGGACGGGCCAGCAAGGCACUACACCGCUGAGGGAGUCCAUGCCACGACAGCAACAUCCUAUCCUUUCCAAGCACCAGAUCGAGUUGCACUGGAGCCUUCCGGACCG